AUAUUUGCUAAGCUAUUUCACUAGUUUCGGAUAAUAAAAAUGGGGGUCACCGAAUGCGAAACUAAAUACUAAACAAAAGCCUAGCUCUAUACAGUUGUAGCAAUUUUAUGACAGUAAAUUGUAAACCUAUCGAGAACAAGACGAGAGACUGCUCCAUGUCGAAGUGAACGCGUGAAAGAUUUAGAGGGACGUAAAAUUCUCUCAAUAAUGAAAAUGUUCAGUGGAUGUCAAAAUCGGUAAAAUGAAUCAUGAUAUUUGGUUGCAAAUUUGACGGUGCCUUGCAUGUGGAGAGGUCAGCGCAUUUUUCAACAUGGCGACCUGUAGACCCAAAUGUAUUCAAAGGGGCCUUUUGUGUGGAUUGAUCUACUUAUUUAUUUUCACUUUUGAUGUACAGACGGUAUCCGAGAAUGUGAAAUGGUUGAAAAAUAUAAGUUCUGGAAGGUUACAACUGAGAAACUUGGAGAAGGAUGAUAAAAUACACACGGGAGUGAGUGACGAUGGCUAUUUUCCUGACGCAAGGCAAGAGCCACCCGACCCCUCAGUUCUGGGGGGAAUCAGAAUUGAGCAUGAGGCUCAGAAACUCUCAGCUCGACUCAGGUGGUUAAGUAAUGAGGAAAUCGGAAUAACUAAGAUGCAGGCAAUUUAUGAUUCUUUACCAUACGAAAAGAGAGAGCAGGACUCCAUCAAUACACUUAAAAAAAUUGCCAGUCGACUGAAGAAAAGAUUUAAAAAUUACAUCCAGGUUCUACACACCAAUAAGAUCACAGUUCAAAAUAUGUACAAGUUCCAUGUGCGGAACCCGAUGAACAGUAACAUCAGCUGCUGCAAGAUUCCACCUCAGGAAUUUGUGGAAGAUAACCAGUAUGGCUGCAGGGUCUCAAGGAGAACCAGUUGUGAUCUGUACCCAGACAAUUUCAGGGAAAAUGCAUUUAAUCCGGGCAGGAUGUUAACAGAAGUUUGGAAGGACAACAAGAAGUUAUUUCCUGGAUUGAAGUGGCAGUAUUUUAUCUCGGUGGAGGGUAUUCAUACAGAGUACCCUGCCAAUGCUUUCUCCUGGUUCAACAACUGUCCUCAGGCUCAUGACAUUAGACACAGUGAUGUGUACCUGUCUACUGUGCAACCGCAGCCACAGCAUGUUGUCAUAGUGAUGGAUCAUGGCAACUCCCUCAGUAGUAACCAGCUGAAGACGGCAAAGGGGAUAGCCAAGCAAUUUCUGAACUCUUUGUCAGAAAGAGACAGGGUUGCUGUGUUUGGUCUGGCUUCUCGUCCAUCAUUUCCUCGUGAUCCAAGGGAUGACUCUUGUUUGCCCAACUCCCUUGUCCCAGCAACAUUUGAAGCUAGUCUCUUCUUUAGCAGCUUUGUGGACAAUCUUCAUCAAGAAGAUGCCUCCACCAACCACUCUCUUGGUUUCCAAACAGCCUUUGAGAUGAUUGAAAACAUGAUCAGAAGAAGCAAAGGGGUUAACAUUGAGAAUGCCAUGAUACUCUAUAUAAGUAGAGGCUUGUUGUCAUCUUUAACGGAGGGACGUGACAUCAUGGAAACCAUUUCCAUUCACAAUGGUCGACUGGGUCAUAGAGUCAUCAUUAAUACUUAUGCUGUUAUAGACGAUGGAAAGCAUAUAAUGUUUGAGAAGAGUAUUUUACAAGAUAUUGCUGAACAGAAUUUCCUGAAGUAUGAGGUUCAGUACAAAAGUCCAAAGCCAGUCAUAGCAGGGAUGAUGGUCACCAUUAAUUCAACAAAAGACCUAAGUGUGUCAGUGGGCAAAUUCUACCUGCCCCUCAACAAGACUGCCCCCGAGGCCCCAGUCUUCUCGCUGCCCUACAUGGACAUGGCAGAUCAAACCUUAACAAUGAGCAUUAGUCAGCCCUGUUUCCAUGGCAAAGAACUUAUAGGCAUCAUGGGAGUUGAUCUACAUAUGGAGGACGUUGUUCAGGAUGUGACAUAUUACAAUCAGGACAUUAACUCUUACAUCUUUCUCAUCAAUACAGACGGGUAUACCAUUAUGCAUCCUUCAUUCAAUCGCCCCAUGAAAACACGUAUACAGCCCAUGCACACAGAUAUAUGGCAUUUUGAAAACAAAGAUGGAUUUGCCCGAAUAAGGAGCGAUAUGUUAAAUUUGCCAGAUGGAGAGAGGGUUAUGCAUACCAAGAGAUGGAGCACAAACACCACUGAGGACAACUCGUCCAAGUCAGACUUCUACGCCAAAUAUGUCUGGAAAAGGAUUGAAAACACAACUUUCAUAGUGGUGCUGAAAGUGUUGACUAAAACUGAAGUUGCCCAAUCCCUGGAACAAUUACAUGUCUCCAACGAUCCACAUCUGGUAUAUCAUCGAUUGGACUUGGUCCAGCCAAAUGAUAUGUGUCUACAUCGCCAUCUGCCAGCAACUUCUGACACCAGCACAGUAUUCUUGUCAGCUAAAAGCUUCCUUGAUCCCUUUGAACAUCUCAGCAAUAUGGAGACAAAAAGGAUGGUGCAGAAUUAUGUGGCUUAUCUUAAAGAUGAUACCCGUCUAAUCACUAAUCCGGGACUGAAGACUGCAGUAAAAAAUGAUGUUGCUGCUACUGGUCGAAUAAACACAGAAUGGCUACGCCGCUAUCACCACCGUCUGACCCACAGAGAGGAUUCCAUUGUGCGCCGCUAUGUUGCCACACCAAGUGGUGUAUUUAGGUCUUUUCCAGGGACAGUAAUUGACAAGACAUGUGAUCCAACAAAAACCGAUUGGUACCAGAGAGCAGAAGAAUUUCCUGGCCAUGUGACUUUAACUCCGCCUUAUUUGGAUACCCUUGGGGCUGGGUACAUUGCUACCAUCAGCCACACCAUAUUUGAGGGAAAGCCAGCAUCUCUCCACAAUCCAAAGGACAAGGUUGUGGCAAUCAUGGGCAUGGAUCUGACCAUGGGUUUCCUCCACAAGCUGCUGUCUGAGGUCAUCCCCAUCUGUGUGCAUAAAAACAUCAGAUGUUUCAUCAUGGAUGACAAAGGUUAUCUGGUGGCUCACCCCAAACUGAUUGAACCCAACAGUAAGGUGAUUCAGCACAUCACUCACAAGGAACAACUUGUUGCCAAUGACAUCCUGAAUCACAAACACUUUGUGAAGAAGACGUUGUGUAAUAGCUACAAUGAUAGGACCAUUCAGCGCUUCUACAAAUUUAACACCAGCCUGGAGGGUGUACUCACUAAUCUCGUGCACGGCGAACACUGUGCUCGAUACCAGAUCACACAUAUUCCUGGAACCAAUGCUUUCCUUGGGAUUGUGAAUCACACGUGUAAUACAGAUACAGCUUUCUGUCCAUGUAGCACGGUGGACCGUCUUUGUCUGAAUUGUAACCAGAUGGAACAGAUUGUGUGCGAGUGUCCGUGUGAAUGCCCACUGGACAUGAACUUCUGUACAGGAGAGUUACUGCAGGAAGAUGACAGGAAUCCAUCUUGUGCCCACCAAGUGGAGAAAGAAUCUCGAAUACAUUUGAAUUUCCCACCGUUUGAAGAUGUCAAACAGUGCCAUGAACCUAAGUGUGACUUGCUCAUAACCAAACUGGAUUGCAUCAGUGCCAUUGGGUGUGCGUGGUGCGAGAGACAGAAGCAUGGACUGACCAGUGUAAAGCGGCCGUACUGUGCUGACCAGAGGCGAUGUUUUGGUGGGGUGGAGGAAGCUGUCUCGCCCUAUGGGGAUGCAAUAAGAGCUAUGGCCAAUCAGGAGAAGCCUAUGCCAAUGAAGAGCACUCCUGUAGGGCCAGUUGCGGGAGGAAUCAUGGGAUGUUUCCUGGUUCUGGCUUUAGGGGUCUACUGUUAUAGGCAUCACAUCCACCGGAAUUCUCACCAGUACAUCACCAACCUGCCAGAGAACCAGAAUCGAAUGUCUCAUUUCUACGAAGAAGAGCCUCACGAGCCUGCUGAUGAUAUUCCUGCAGGGCACACCAACUUUGUACUGGCUACAUUUGAUAAUCCAGCCAGCAUAUCACCUUACCGUGUGAAUACAUCCUACAGGCGUCCAGCGGGAGGGGAUAGUGAUCAUGGUUACAGCACAAUGACACCCCAUGAAGACAGUGAACAUGCUAGUCUACCAUGUCUAGAACCUUUAAUAAAGGAGAGAUACAAACCAGGGUCUCUCAGUGUUGUUAAAAAUACCCCAGGGAAAAUCCCUCCCCCACCCAGUCAUUGUAGGAGGAGUAGAAGCCCCACCCCCCCUAAGUACUAUCAACCCAUACCUGAACAGACUAUCAUCCCACCUCAGACUACCAUAAUUGAACAUCCCCAUAAUGUCAUAGCUAAUGUUCAGGUACAUAUGGUGGACACGCAUUAAGAAUUAAUUUGUGCAUUUUCUAAAGAUCUGUGAAAAACUGUGUAAAACUUGAAAUGGCGUGUUUGUUCAGUGGAGAAAGAGAAGACUUUACAUGCACUGAACAGUUCCUUAACUGUGAUUUCUCAAGGAUUUUACUGUAUGAAGACUUUGUGCAUUCAAAGCUUACAUUGUUAUGUGUCAAUAAGAGCAGGACUCCGUUGUUUGGUGCAGAUAAUUCAGACCUAGUCUGGUAACCAUGUUGUGAUAAAGCAAAGUAUGAGAACAGAGUACAAAAGAAUGUCAAUACAAAAUGAUGCCACAUAAAAAAAAACCUCAAAGCAAUACAAGAUUUUAUUUCAUAAGGACAGAAAUCAUGCUGAUCUAUGUGAACCUCAGGAUUUAUAUGGAGAAGAGUUCUGGACUCUGAUUGGACUCCAGGGAAAUGUGAAAUUGUUGAAUUGAAGAUGUGACUUCAUGUAAAAUUUGCAUACUGGCCAGUGAUGCUAGAAUGAUUCAUUCAGGGAUUGUGUGCUGAUGAAAUAAACCUAGUGGGUGCUGCUGUUUACUCUCCAUUCAAAGUGCUUUAGUGUGUGUUUCUUUUGACUUGCAUACACAUUAAAUUUAAAUUCAUUCAUGUACAAAUGAUGCUGUGUUAGUUGGAUGUCUAUAUGUUUUUAGCUGCUGAGUCUUUUAUUUUUCAAAAUGCCUUUUAAAAUUUUGAAAACAUUUCUUGCAUUAUACAGGCAAUUUUUGCAUCUAGAUAUUUUUAUUUUAGUUGUAAAUAAAAACAGUGAUUUUAUAGAUAUUUAUUGAUAAGAAAAAGCCAUUUAAUUUGUAUAUAUGCAUUUUUACAGAUGGCUUGAAUAUAUUUUUUAAAAUAGGUUGUCAAUUGCAUUUAUGCAGCCCAAACAGUCCAUGUCACAAUUUACCGUGGCUGUACUUUUGGUAAUAUAUUAGAUGUAUUUUCUUGGGUAAUAUAAUCCUUUAAAUUGAUUGAAUUUUAGUAUCUACUGUAAUGAAAUACCACAAAAAGUGUAAUGCUUUAGCAAAGAUUGAUGAUGAUUGUCUUGAUUUUUAUUUAUUACUUGUGAUGCAUGUUUGAGAGAGUGAAUGUUACAAGUUAUUUGUUAGUGUUUAUCGUAAUCUCUUGUGUUUGAUUGGACUGGUCAGGAGCUCUACACAAGCACUGCUCAUUUUCAAUAUUGAUGUUGAAUUAUUUUCCAUCUUACACUGUGUCUUUUAGAAUUUCAAUCAAUUUUUUUUUUCAUUUUGGAAGCUAAGAAUGUUUUAAACUUACAAGAACUACAUUUGAUUUUUAUAUAACCGCUGAUUGAAAUAAAACAGAAAUUUAAAAAGUUUGUAAAAUGUACAGUGGUCAUGUGUAGUAUACCAGUGCAGUCUUUUCCCAUUUGCAGCAGAUUUUUCUCUAUUGAUUGUAUAGUAUUGUUCUAUAUAUAUAUACAUUGAUACAAGGUGUAUCAGCAGUCAGUGCAGGGUUUUUUUUGUGCAUUGAAUACAUGAACAAAUGAAAAAUUUAUAAUAAAAAAGAAAAUCA